ACAGUGUUGAGAAGUUUAGAGAGAGAAAGAUAGUGGAAGGAGAGAGAAAGAAAGAACAGAAAGUAGAGAGAGAACGAAGAGGGUUUCAGAGCUUCACAACACACCCCCUCCUUCCUCACUCUCUCCCCGAACUUUCUGCAGUUUCCUCUGCCUUUUUCUCCACCUCUUUCUUUUCUCCCAAGGCUUAAAAAAACAAUUUCCGGUAAAUAUAAAUCCAAAUUAUGACGCGAUAAUUAUGUUCGCAUCCCUCACUUCCAUUGCUUGAUCCAUUGCAUCUUAGCGUCUAAGGUUUUUUUAUCUUGUCCUACUAAAAAUAUCCCGGAUAAGCAAUCACUUCCUUUUCCGCAAAGCUCUCUGCAUUUUCCUGCAUUAUUUAAUUCAAUAAUUUCCAUUGGUUUCACUCAGCAUUUGGUUAAUUAGUACUUCACCUCUCCAUUUUCUCUAUUGGAAGAUGAUGUGUGAGUGAUUGGAUAGAGAAAAGGGGAUUGAGAAGUAAACUAAAAUUUGAGAGCAAUGGGAAGGAAGAGAUCUGUGUUGGAGCACAAGAAGUUGAAGAUCUACGCUGAGGUUUCAGUGGGGUUGCUUUUGAUCUACUUUGCUCAAGUUUCUCUUGGAGCAACUAGUUCUACUGAUGUUGCUGCAAUUAACAACUUACAUGCUUCGCUUGGCACGCCUGUUCUUCCUGGGUGGACUUCCGCUGGAGGAGACCCGUGUGGUGAAGCAUGGCAAGGUGUUCAAUGCAACGAUUCUAUAAUAUUGGAAAUUGUUCUUAAUGGCGCUAAUUUGGGAGGAGAACUGGGUGAACACUUGGGAAUGUUUUCUUCAAUACGGGCAAUAGAUCUAAGCAACAACCAUAUCGGGGGAAGUAUUCCAUCCAGUUUACCUGCUACCCUGCAAAGCUUUUUUCUUUCAGCUAACCAAUUCACCGGAAGCAUCCCAGAUUCUAUAGCCUCGUUAGCUGUGCUCACAGCAAUGUCUCUUAAUAAUAAUCAAUUAACCGGAGAAAUACCAGAUUCCUUUCAGAGCAUUCCAGGGUUGACCAACUUAGAUAUUUCCAGUAACAAUUUGAGCGGCCAGCUGCCACCCUCUCUAGGAAGCCUGACAACUCUGACCACUCUACAUUUGCAGAACAAUCAGCUGUCUGGAACCCUCGAUGUUUUGCAGGAUCUUCCCCUAAGCGACUUGAAUAUAGAGAACAACCUUUUUGCUGGACCCAUACCUGAAAAGUUGCUGAGCAUCCCGAAUUUCAAAAAAGAUGGGAAUCCAUUCAAUGCUUCUCUUGCUCCAGUCCCUCCACCAACAUCACCCACAUCUCCAUCGAGUCCGCCAGCACCUCCGCUAGCAUUUUGGGGGCCACCUACUGGGAAAACACCUGGCAGAAGUCCUCCAAAAGCUGGCAAAUCGGCUGAUGGACCAUCUUCACAAGAUGCAUCAAAUUCUGGAAAGCCGAAGAAAUUUCUAACUAAAAAAAGGGUGGUUGGAAUAUCAAUUGGAGGGGCUUUGGUGUUUAUUAUUUUGAUUCUAGCGAUUCUGUUUUUCAUGCCAAGACGUAGUAGACGAAGAGAAGAGGCUGACAGAAUUUCCAAGCGGCAUCAAAUAGGUGCAUAUACAGGUGACAGGGAAAACCCUCCCAGGGACAAUGGGUCCUUGGUGGUUCAACCAACCAAUCAAAUGCAGAAAGUUCCAAAAGAAGUUGUGAGGCCCAAAGAGGAUAAUGAGCCAGAAACCAGAAGAACAUGGGCAAUUCCAAAGCCAAAUGAUGAACAAGACAGAAAGGUACGUAGAAUGGCCGCACCACCAAAGCGAGAGGAUAGUUUGAGUGCACUUGAUUCGUAUUCAAUGCCUCCUCCUCCUCCUCCACCUCCCCCUCCUCCAACACCGCCUGUUCAGAAGGUCAUUGUGAAGCCAACUGUGCCUACCAAACUGCCUACACCGAAGCCUUCCACCAAAAGUCCAAAUCGUACAAUUUCUGCAAAGUCGUUUACCAUUGCUUCCCUUCAGCAACAUACAAACAGCUUCUCUCCGGAUAACCUUCUAGGAUCAGGCAUGCUGGGAAGUGUCUAUAGGGCACAGCUACCUAGCGGAAAGCUACUUGCAGUCAAGAAAUUGGACAAGAGAGCUACCAGUCAGCAGAAAGAUGACGAGUUCCUUGAACUGGUAAACAACAUUGACAGAAUCAGGCAUGCUAAUGUUGUCGAGCUUAUGGGUUACUGUGCAGAGCAUGGUCAAAGGCUUCUUAUCUAUGAGUAUUGCAGUAAUGGUUCACUGCAUGAUGCUCUGCACAUGGAUGACGAAUUCAAGAAGAAACUCCCCUGGAAUGCUCGUAUUAGAAUGGCACUUGGAGCUGCAAGAGCCUUAGAGUAUUUACAUGAAAUCUGCGAGCCACCUAUUGUACACAGAAAUUUCAAGGCUGCCAACCUUCUCCUUGAUGAUGACCUUUCCGUGCACGUUUCUGACUGUGGCUUGGCUCCAUUGAUUUCAUCAGGCUCUGUUAGUCAGUUGUCAGGACAUCUGCUAGCGGCCUAUGGUUAUGGAGCUCCAGAAUUUGAGUCUGGAAUUUAUACUCGUCAGAGUGAUGUUUACAGCUUUGGGGUGGUAAUGUUGGAACUAUUAACAGGCCGAAAGUCCUAUGACAGCACAAGGAACCGAGGGGAGCAAUUCCUGGUUAGAUGGGCCACUACCCAGCUUCAUGACAUUGCUGCAUUAUCGAGGAUGGUCGAUCCUUCUCUAAAUGGACAAUAUCCUACAAAGUCUUUAUCGCACUUUGCAGACAUUAUAUCUCGAUGCGUUCAGUCGGAACCAGAGUUCAGGCCACCAAUGUCUGAAGUUGUUCAAGACCUAUUAGACAUGAUACGGCGAGAGCCUAAUGGCAGUGGAUCAAGUGAAGACUCACAUUUAUGAAAAUAGACCUAAUGACCACACUAGUAUUGAUGGGGGUGUACUAGUUGUAGCUACUGCUAGAACCAAGAAGAGACAUCUGUGUAAACGUGCUGCAGAUGAUGGCCGGAACUAUCACCAUCAACAUUCACAUCACAAGCGUUUCCAGGGAGUGCUCGCUGCAAUCAACUACGCCAGUUCUGGAAUGUGAACAGCUCAACAGUCCGAUUUUGGUGUUCAUAUUUUCAGAUCAUUCAAUUAUUAUUUAAACUUGUGCAACGUCGUCUAUCUUGCAAGAAUGAGCUAACCCAAUUGUUUAGCAAUUAUUGUUUGUCACUAGAAGUUCUUGAUGGUGAAUCAUUUUCGGCUGCUGUA